AUGAGCAAGCUGUCGGUGUUGGAGAUCCAGACGGUCCUCGACAAGUAUGCGGAGGUGUCGGGUCUGUCAGAGAGCGAGAUCGCGAAGGCUAUCUGGGCCGCCAUGUCUCUCGAAGUCUACCAGUUCGCGCGGAUGGAAAAUAUAUCCGAGAAUCUCCCGCCGUCUGAGCUCAUGGCGAGCCUGUGGGCGAUGCAGGAGUGGGAGAGCCGAAAGGUCACAGCGGCGCCGCCUCAACCGCAGCUGCAGCCGAGCUACAAGGCGCCGUUCUAUGACCAGCGUGGUGGCGGCGGUGGCGUUCGCGGAGGCUAUGGCGGCCAAGUACAACUUGUCGGCGGAGGAGCUCGAGAGACGUCGUCGUGA